GUAUAAAUUCUAAUCUCCGCUUAAUGAAAAUUUCCGUUAAAUAUUUUGCACUUUUGUUUUCGAAACGUUUUUCAAAAUAUCACCUCUGCUAUAGAAAAUUAUUGAAUUUAUUAUUAUUAAAUAAUUAUUGAAUUUUGUUAAAGAAAGAUUUUUGUAAUAACUUAUGAAAUAACAAUUAGAAAAGGGCGAAAAAGGUCUGAAAUAAAAAAAAAAUUUUUACGGAAUUUAGACGGAAAAAUUUGUACCGGUCAAGUAUCGAUAAAGAAGAAUUUUAGUCAUUUUUAAACAUUUUUCUCUCUCUUGUGAUAAAAACCACGUGCUGUAAAAAAUAAGGAAUAUUCAUGAGAAGUUAAAAAGAAUAUUUAUUGUAAUUAGUACCAUGUUUAGAAAACUAAUAAACAAUGGAUCCUAUCAAAAAAGAAUUAGAUUUAAAGCACUGUUUAAUCAAGAGAGGAAGAAUUACUGCAAGAGUGCAAAAAAUUCUUAUCCAAAGAGAAUAUUUUCCGGUAUUCAACCAACGGGAAACGUGCACUUGGGCAAUUAUUUAGGGGCAAUUCAAAAUUGGGUCGAAUUACAAAAUUCGGGGCAAAACGUUAUUUGGAGUAUUGUUGAUUUGCACGCCAUUACAUUACCGCAGGAUCCAAAAACAUUAGAAAAGGGAAUUUUCUCAAUGGUCGCAACAUUAUUGGCCUGCGGUGUUGAUCCCGAGAAAAGUAUAUUGUUUCAACAAUCAACAGUUCCAUUGCACACCGAAUUAAAUUGGAUUCUAUCGUCAAUAACGACAAUGCCAAGACUCAGUCGUUUACCACAAUUCAAAGAGAAGAGUCAAAAUGUUAAAGAAGUGCCAGUCGCUUUAUUCAAUUAUCCAAUUUUACAAGCGGCCGAUAUUCUAAUUUACAAAGCUACACACGUUCCAGUUGGAGAAGAUCAAAUUCAACAUUUAGAAUUAUCACAAGAUUUAGCGAGAAAAUUCAAUCAAAAGUUUGGCGAUACUUUUCCUUUUCCAGAGACAAUUAUAAAUGACGAAGCAAAGCGAAUAAAAUCUCUACGCGAUCCAACAAAUAAAAUGUCAAAAUCGUGCCCCGAUCCAAAAAGUCGAUUGGAUAUAACUGACAGUCCCGAUAUUUUAUUGAAGAAAGUGAAAAAAUCUGUAACCGAUUUUACAUCCCAAGUGACGUACGAUCCCGAUAAUCGUCCGGGAAUUUCAAAUUUAAUAAAAAUUCACUCUCUACUCACGGGAAAAUCGACCGAGGAAAUAUGCCAAGAGGCUGAGGGAAUUGAUACCGGAAAAUAUAAAUUAAUACUGGCCGACAUUGUAAUUGAGAAAUUGAAUCCAAUUCGAGAACGAUAUUUGCAAUUAACUGCCGAUUCACAAUAUCUCGAGAAAGUAUUACGUGACGGCGCUCAAAAAGCUUCGGAAAUUGCAAUUCCAAAUUUACUAGAUGUACGAGCAAAAAUUGGAUUUAGCGAUAAAUUAAGAUUCAAAAUAGUUUAUUCUUAGAUAGUUAAGAACUUUUUAUUUGUGCUUUGUUUUGUUUUUUUUAUUGUGUAAAUAAAGUUAUAUAUUUGUGUAUAUAUAUUGAAAAUAGAAAAUAAUAAAUAAUAUAUAAUUUA